UAUAUAUAUAUAUAAGUGACCCAUAUAUCUAUCUAUCUGCGAAGAGAAAAAGAAGAAGAAGAGGCCAUGGGAGACGAGAAGGUGAAGAACGAGGCAAUGGAAAUAAUGGGUUUAUUUCAAGUCUUGCCUCGUUUAGUCGUCUUUGAUCUCGAUUACACUCUCUGGCCUUUCUACUGCGAAUGUCGAUCCAAGCGUGAGACACCAUCUAUGUAUCCGCAUGCUAAAGGCAUCUUACAUGCGUUAAAGGAUAAAGGAGUUGGCAUGGCUAUUGCUUCCAGAUCACCAACCAGAGACAUUGCAGAAACUUUCAUUGACAAGUUGGGCAUAAAGCCGAUGUUUGUAGCCCAGGAGAUCUUUUCCAGUUGGAGUCACAAAACAGAACAUUUCAAGAAAAUCCAUCAAAAGACUCAGGUGCCAUAUGAAUCGAUGCUUUUCUUUGAUGAUGAAGAUCGUAAUAUAGGACCGGUUUCGAACCUGGGAGUGACAGCCAUUUUGGUCAACAAUGGGGUCACUCUUGGAGCCUUUCGGCAAGGGCUUACACAAUUUUCUCAAGGUCCAAGUUCAUCAAAGAGGGGUAAGAAAAAGUAAUUUUUUUUUUUUAACAAAAGACACUCUUGGAUAUUGAAUCCACAUUAUUGCUGGUGACAAUUUAAAUCAAAUUCAUAUUUGACUCAUGUAUUAUAACACUUAUCAUGCUGUGUACCAUUUCACCUA